AUGUCGCCUACUUUGAAGAAUCACAUCUCCGCCAUCGUCUUCUAUGGAGACCCGUGCCACAUGCCAAAUCAGACAUACAACAUGGGCAAUGGCACUCGAAGCGCUGAGGGCCAAAAGCAGCGUGCAUUUCUGAAUGAGCACUACUCAGACUUGAUCGCCGACUACUGCAACCCCAAUGACCCCGUCUGUGCCUCGAGUGAUGAUAUUACGGCGCAUAUGGAGUAUGUCUACUUGUGGAACGGCAACGCUGCUGCAUUCUUCAAGAGGAAGGUCACUGAGACUCUUAAAUUGGGCAGCGGAUUGAAAGGUAUACAAUCUGAAUUUAUAUAA